AUGACUCAAUUGAUCGAAGAGCUUAGUAGGACCAAAGUCGGAUGUCAUAUUGACGGUGUAUGCAUCAAUAAUAUAAGCUAUGCAGACGACAUGGUCUUGCUAAGCCCAUCAAUCGGUGCAUUGAAGAGACUGAUAAAGAUAUGUGAGUCUUACGCCGCGGCCCACGGGCUCAAGUACAACACACAGAAAAGUGAAAUAAUGAUUUUCAAAUCAGGCAGCAAGUGUUACUCACUACCAAAUGUCACACUCUGUGGUAGUAGUCUGAAUAGAGUUGAGAAAUUUAAGUACUUGGGCCACUGGGUCACUGAAAACCUAACUGAUAAUACUGAUAUAGAGCGGGAGCGCAGGUCGUUGGCUGUCCGAUGUAAUAUGUUGGCUCGCAGGUUUGCACGCUGCACAAAACAGUUUAAGGUUACGCUUUUCAAAGCAUAUUGUCAGUCCUUCUAUACAUGCAGCCUGUGGGUUAACUAUACACGGAGGGCAUACAAUGAUCUGCGCGUCCAAUACAAUAAUGCGUUGAGAAUUAUAAUGGGGUUGCCUCGGUAUUGUAGCGCCUCUGGCAUGUUUGCAGAGGCUCAUGUUGAUGGGUUUGAAGCCAUAAUGCGCAAAAGAUGUGCCUCCAUGCUGAAUCGCAUGCGGACGAGCACCAACAUGAUUCUCAGUGUACUAGCGGACAGAUGGGAUUCACCAAUGUUAGGGCGUUGGAUAAAUCUGCAUACUGUUAGACACGCCACGACCUAG